UACAAUGUUGUAUUGGUAGGCAGCUCACUAGAUUUUGACAUGCAAAGCCACUCAAAUAGCACUUAUUCACUUAUUUAGCGAGAAGAUUCCAUUAAAUAUACAACUGAGGAUUAAAGUCAAAACAAAGUCUAUCAGAUUAUUAGCAGAUUUCCAUUGCUUUAAAAUCUUCCCACACAAUGACUGUGUCUCAAGACCUAGUGAGCUACCUACCAAGACAUAAUUGUGGUUGUCUCGGCAGGAAGCUCACUCCCUUUUGAAGCGCAGCAGCCACAUGAGCCUUUCCUCCGAGUUCAUCUGCUCUAUCGCUCAUCCUCCACUAGGGCUUCCGUUUGUUUUGACUAAAACGAUGCUGCUGCUGCUGCCGCCUGUGUGAAGUUGAUUCACACAAAUCCCCGGUCUGGCGUCGCGACCAAUCGAGCUGCUGAGCCGGUGACGCUGCGGAGGGCCGUCCGUCAGUGCGCUUGCAUUCAUAAACGGAUGUGAUAAGUGUUGAAUGUACUGUACAGAGACGAAACUUGCGGACCAUGGCGGAAGAAGACGACACGAAAAUCCGGAUUUUGCAGAGCCUCCGAGGAAAGAUCUGCGAAGCAAAGCAUCUAGGUCCGAGCUCAGGGCCAAACCGCCUCCGUGACCUCUGCACCUUCUGUACCAUCAGUCUGGACCAGGAGGAAGUAUACCGCACAAAAGUCUACGAGAAGAGUGUCAGCCCGUUCUUUGGAGAGGACUUCUACUUCGAGAUUCCCCGCCCGUUCCAAUGCCUUUCCUUCUAUGUGUACGCCAAGAGUAUGUUCCUAAGGGACAUACCUGUAGGGAAAGUAGCUAUCAGGAAGGAAGAUCUAUAUAAGUAUAGCGGAAAAGAGAACUGGUUUCACUUGCAGCCUGUGGACCCACACUCAGAAGUUCAGGGGAAGGUUCAUUUAGAGAUGAGGCUAAACGAGUUGAUCACAGAGACGGGAUCCGUCAGCCAGCAGCUUGUCGUUCAGAUAAUUGCCUGUCAGGGUUUGCCAUUGAUAAGUGGCCAGAACUGUGACCCGUAUGCCACAGUAACACUUGUAGGGCCAGCCAGGUGUGAUCAGAAAAAAACAAAGGUAAAGAAGAAAACCAGCGAUCCUCAGUUUGAGGAGACCUUCUACUUUGAGUUUCAGGUCACAAGGUCAAGCAGUUUCAAGGGGAAGUCCCAGUUUCAGGUAGAAGAGGAGGACAUAGAGAAACUAGAGAUCAAGGUAGAGCUGUGGAAUAAUGGUAACUUGGCACAGGACGUGUUCCUCGGAGAAACCAGAGUAUCUGUGAAAAUCCUGAGAAACGACCAUAUGCACAGAGCAUGGUACUUGUUGCAGCCUAAAGGAAACGGUACAAAGUCUAAGCCUGAUGAUCUGGGUUCUCUAAGACUGAAUGUAACGUACACCGAGGACAACGUUCUACCCUCGGCCUUCUACACAGCCCUACGCAACCUAAUGCUCAAAUCCCCAGAUGUCAAGCCAAUCUCGGCAUCUGCAGCUCAUGUUCUGGGAGAUGUUUGCAGGGAGACCGUGGGGUAUGAAGCUCUCCUUCCUGUGGUCAGACUGCUGCUCCAUCACAAUAGACUGCUGCCCUUCCUCACAGCUGUAGCCGCACUGGAGCUGGAGAACACACAAGAGGCCAACACCAUAUUUAGAGGGAAUUCUCUGGCCACUCGCUGCAUUGAUGAUAUGAUGAAGAUUGUGGGCCGAAGUUAUUUGUCAGUCACCCUCAAGCCUGUUCUUAAUGAGAUCUUUGAAUCAAAUAAAACCUGUGAGAUCGACCCCAUCAAGCUGAGAGAGGGCGACAACGUGGAGGUCAACAAGGAGAAUCUGCAGGGUUACGUACAGAAGGUUUUUACAUCUAUAACACAGUCCAGCUCCAGUUGUCCUCCCCUCAUGUGUGACGUCUUCAGGUCACUCCGACAGCUCGCUUCUAAACGCUUUCCUGCGGAUCCUCAUGUGCAGUACUCUGCUGUUAGUAGUUUCAUAUUUCUGCGAUUCUUUGCAGUGGCUGUUCUCUCUCCACACACCUUUCAGCUGCAGUCGCAUCAUCCUGAUCCUGAAAUUACACGCACUCUUACUCUCAUCUCUAAAACCAUCCAGUCUCUGGGCAGCUGGGGCAGCCUUUCCAAGAACAAACUGUCUAGCUUUAAAGAAACCUAUAUGUACGAUUUCUUCAAGUUAUUCCAAGAAGACGAAUGUAUAGAAAAAGUUAAAAAGUUCUUAGAUGAGAUCUCGUCUAAUGUGUCAAAGGAGUCCAAUGGAGUAGAGGACUCAUUUGUGCUGAAGGAAGGAGAGGUACAUAAACGAGCCCAGGGCAGAAAGCGAAUAGGAAAGAAGAACUUUAAGAAGCGCUGGUUACGAGUGACCAAUCAAGAGCUGUCCUAUCACAAGCAGAAAGGGAAAGAAGCACUGUGUGUUAUUCCUGUGAAAAACAUCCUCGGAGUCGAGAAACUGGAAGAAAGUGCCUUUAAUCGCAAAAACAUGUUUCAGGCAAUUCAUUCAGAGAAGCCUCUGUACAUUCAGGCAGGAAACUGCGUGGAAGCCAACAGCUGGAUCGAGGUGUUGAGUCAGGUCAGCCGCUGUAACCAGGGGCGGCUCAGCGCAUUUCACCCCUCCGCUUACGUGAGUGGAUCUUGGUUAUGCUGCAAGGAACCCAACGAGAAUGCAGAGGGCUGCAAACCCUGCACUGCGACAGUCCUGGCUAAUAUUCAACUGGACAUCGAUUGUGACAGAGAGGCAGAACGAAUCUUCUCUUUCUUCUCCUCCAACCUCUCCAGACUGCAAAAGAUGGAGGAUGCCUGUGCCGGUAUGUCAGUGUAUCUUGGGCAGCAAAAAGAGCAGGAGGAGUAUUCAGCCUUCACUAUACAGGACCCAAAAGAGACCUUUCGCACCAUUAAUGAGCUCAGAGCUGUGCUGGAAGACUUGCGGGCUCACCACGACUUAAAGGGGGCACUAACCGACGAACCCGGCACUAUUGAGAAUCCUAUAGUGGGAAAGACAGCGUAACAUUAUGGCUGAGGGACCAAGUGGUACUGCUGGCCACGAUAGCAAAUGCCGCUGUGUUUGUCGACAUAAAGAAAUACAGCCCUGUGACAACGCUCAGAGAACGUUCAGAGAACCGCUGCUGUUUCACACGUGACUGAGUCUAACCUCUCCAGCAAAGGCCUGAUGUGUGGUAUUGUGCACAUGGACAAAUUUGGCCAGUCAAUCAUUGGAAAAAUUGUGCUCUUUUCUAUGUGUCCCAUCUCAAUCUUAUUUCAGUUUUUUUAAGAUUGUUUAGUAACCUAAAGUGUCAGUUGGCACAGUAAGAAAAGAUUCUCAUAGCUUCUUCUCCAUUCCUAACCAGGCUGUGAAAGUCUAGACCCCAGGAGUCUGUGAGAAAUUAGAGCUGCUAUAAUACUCUUUGAACGAACUCAAUCUUUCUCUUUGUCAUCAAUCAGUUACAUUUAUUCUCAGAGAGUCUGUUCAGCCCUUGGCGGUUUGAUCUUUUUGACAACAAAAUAGCUGUAUAUCAAAGGGAAUAUUUGUUUUUAUUAUUAUUAUUAUUUUUCCUUUUAUCUCAUCCCUCUUUCUGUCCUAUCCCAUGUGUGUGCAUACAUUUCUAUCUGUAGUGGAUAGAAUUAAUCUGCCUUAUAAAGUCAGUGGAGGUACUUACAAUCCCACAUGUGUGUAUGAAUUAGGGACUAAUGCAGAAGCACUUUAGAUAUUUGGAAUAUUCCAGAUGAGAUUGUUUUAGAUACAUGGUAUCAACAUUUUUUUCCCAAUAUUGAUCAGUUACAUGAUCAGCUCUUGUGUAAUGUUGUAUAGAUAACGUACAUAUCCUGUAGAUUUUUACUAGCUAUUUUUCUUACGCCAAAGAAGUUGUUUUGUAGGCUUUCAUGACUUGAAAAAAGGUAUACAUGUAGUUUUCUAAUUACAUACAUUUGAAAAAAGGAAAGCUUAUCUAUAUUUCGUUGAUGUACUUUUUUGGGGCAUCGUCAAUUUUGAUAAAUCAUGAAGAAAUGUUCAAUUAUUACAUCUUUGUAAUGUCCCCCAUGACAAAAGUUGUGAUAUUUUAAUUUUAUGCUGUCACAAUUAUAGAUUGUUUGUUCUGAAUUCUGCUUGACAAGUUACAGUCACUGGUUUCAUUUUUGCUUUUUCACAGUUUGUGUUGUUAUUGUGGUCGGUUUAAUAUUGUCGAUAAAUCAUAAUUCCUACCAACUGAUUAAUACAGGUCUGCACAUUGAUUGGUUUCUUAAAGGGAUAGUUCACCCAAAAAGUACAAUUCUUUCAUCAUUUACUCACCCUCAUGCCAUCUCAGACGUGUAACGGUUUUUAGAAGAAUAUUGCAGCUCUGUAGGUCCAUACCAACAAGUGAAUGGUGGCCAGAACUUUGAAGCUCCAAAAUGCACAUAAAUGCAGCAUAAAAGUAAUCCAUAUGACUGCAGUGGUUUAAUCCAAGUCUUCAGAAGUGAUAUGAUAAGUGUGGGGGAGAACAGAUACAUUUAAGUUAUUUUUUACUGUCAAUUUCCACUUUCACAUUCUUCAUGCAUAUUGCCACCUACUGGACAGGGAGGAGAAUUUAUAGUAAAAAAAGGAUAUAAAUAUUGAUCUGUUUCUCACCCACACCUAUCAAAUCACUUCUGAAGACAUGGAUUUAACCGCUGGAGUCAUGGAUUUCAUUUAUGCUGUUUUUUAUGCUUUUUGGACCGUCACUGUUUUGUUACCUUUUCACUUUAUGGACCUCCAGAGCUGAAAUAUUCUUCUAAAACACUUCCUUUGUGUUCAGCAGAAUAAAUAAUGUCAUACACAUCUGGGAUGGCAUGAUGGUGAAUAAAUGAUGAGAAUUUUUAUUUUUGGGUGAACUAUCCUUUAAUAUUGGUGAGAAAUAACCCCAUUUCAAAUCCUAUAAGAACAAAUACAGUAGGGUCCAAAAGUCAUAGGCCACAUUAAUAUUUAAGAUUCUGCACUGUUUCUAGGUCAAUAAUGUAAGCAAAUAUGUGAUUUUGACCAUGUUAACUACUUUUACUAGGGCUUUCAACCGAUUACAAACUGAAUGAAUUACAUUAUAUGACGAUUAAUUAAUCAAAAUAAUUGCAAUUAAUCACAUAAAUCAAUAUUCGCUAAAAAAGCCCAAUAUAUAAAAUAAAUUAUAUAAAUUAUAUAAUUAUAUUAAAUUAUAUAAUAAAAUAAAUAUAAAAAUAGUUCAAUAUAUAAUGAUUAAAUAAAUAUAGAUAUACUGUAUUUAGAUAAUUAUAAUUAGAAAAUAAAAUAAAUAUAAUAAUUCAGAUAAUUAAAAUGCAUUACAGUAUUGUGGCAGAAAAAACAGCUUUAGAAGUCAGUAUAGAUAGUAUAUACACAGUCAACAGCAAUCCAGUUUGCAAUUAAAUUCUUUAAUCUGUCCGAGGUAGAUUUAUUAUAAGGACUUUUCUAAGGAUCUAUGUACUUAUGCGUCAGAUGGACGCUUUGUAGUGUCUUAUUUUGGUUGUGUUGCAUCAUAAACACAGCAUUUUUGGAUGCUAUAAGCUAUAGUUUGCAGCUUAGAUAAACGCGUAUCGAGAUUCCUGCUUUCAGAAUUGCACUCCAUCCAGCUGUGUUUGAUUGCAAGAACACUUCCUUAUCUUGUGCUGUUUUCUGGCAGGAGUGUGGUGUGUUGCAUGUACAGCAGGAGUUGCGAUUACUGCCCUCUGCUGACUGAGACUCAAAAAACAUGAAGGUGGCAUUCAAGCUUGAAUUGCCCCGAUGUUUAUGUUUUAAAUAUAAUUAAUCACACUGAAUAAACACGUUCAUCUGACAGUCCUAAUAAUUUAUUACAAUUCUGUAUUAAAUUAGAAAGAAAAAAAAAGACUUUUGGACCCCAGUGUUUGUGAUCACAGAAGAAAAUUUGUUCUAUUUGGCAUACUUGUGGUCUGCAAACGUCUAUUCCUAAUAGCUGAAAUAAACUAAACUAAACAUUCUAAACAGAAUGACAGUAUCUAGUUUAAAACUGAAGUGUACUUGGCAUGAUCAUUGCUAACCAGUUAUGUUCCCUUAAAACAAGACAACUUAUCAAUAUCAGAGAAUCUUAUCUCCAAACAUAUGAAAAGAAAAACUUCCAGCUGCUAAUCUAGGAACAUAAGGACCAAAAAAGUUUGGUUUUCUUUGACGUGGCAUCUCAGAGCAAGGAAUCCGUUUCUGACAUACUUCAAAAUAUUAAUUUGCAACAUUUCUUUUUUUCUUUUCUUUUUUUAAGGAUAUAUACGAAUAAUAGGUUUCAGAAUAUUCUAUUCAGUACACACACAGGACUGUGUAAGUGAAGUUUAAUUUAUGUGCCUCUCAAAAAAUACAUAUUUUCAUAAUUAAGUAUUAGACUGCAGAAAGAUUUAUUCAACAUUGAUAAAGAAAAUGGGAACACAUGAACAAUUAUGCAACAUUUACCUUCCAGUUAAAAUAUUUGGUGUCAAAAAUGUGUAAUGUCUAUAUUUAUAUUUUCAUAAAUACAGUAUGUGAUGUGUUGAUUUUCAUAGCACACUGUGAACUGAAUGAUGUCAAAAGAUGUUAAUGCAUUGAUCAAAUGGUACGUGGUUUUUAAUCUGGUACUCUGGGGCUCCAGUGAGCGUCAGUAGAAAUGUGGUAGUGAUCUUCCUCAAUUCAUAACAGUGGUGCAGUCUUACAUUAUACUUGUCUGAUCCAAUUUAGUGGUUUCUGUGGCUACAUCGUUUAAAAGGACAGAAAUCACCACAACCAGCAUCCAGUGGACUUUGAAGACCCCCAUCCCAGACUAAAGAUAUUUAUUUAAAAUUCCCAAUUAAGCACUUGCCUUUGAGUGGACAGAAAUAAUGCAUACAAUGUCCUUUUUAUUUUCUUGAAGUCCAUAAUUAAUGUAUAAUGGUAUGGAUCUACAAUCACCAUAUCAUAGGUGAUUGUAUACAUAUUUCAUACUGCUAUGUGCUCCUGUUAUGUUUGUGCACAAAUCCCAGCCCAUUGAGCUAAAAUGGUGUAAUUGGGUAGAGUAACUCACCCUUUUGAAAACCUUGUAGUUUGAAAUAUGCAUUUCUAAAAUUAUAUUUUUAGAUCAGUAAUGUAGGUCUGUCAGCUCCUUCAAUUAUUUGCACAGAUUUGAAUUUUUUUUAUGUUUACCCCACUAUCAUUCCUCUUCCAAUGUGUUACUAACUGUACUGGACAUGUUUGCUUAAUUGUGUUAUUUAAAUGUUUUUCUACCAUUAUUUUCACAAAACAAGCUCAUGUAAUUUCCCUGUUAUUAGUUCUGUGGAAUUAAUUUGCAAUAAAUAUAUUGUUU